UUUGGCUGCGCUCCUUCUAUUUCCGCGUCUGGGAGGGGAACAGUGGUGUGAUUUCAGAGAACUCUUAUCAGUCAAAAUGCAGGACCCAAAUGAAGAUACAGAGUGGAAUGAUAUUCUGAGAAAGAAAGGAAUUCUUCCUCCCAAGGAGACACCUAAGGAGGAUGAAGAGGAGGAGCUGGCCCUCCAACAGCAGUCUGUUGUUAAAACAUAUGAGGACAUGACGUUGGAAGAGCUAGAGGAAAAUGAAGAUGAGUUCAGUGAGGAAGAUGAAGCAGCCAUUGAGAUGUAUAGACAGAAGCGUCUUGCAGAAUGGAAAGCAACCCAGAUGAAGAAUGUGUUCGGUGAGGUGGCAGAAAUCUCUGGACAGGACUACGUCAAAGAGGUCAACAAGGCUGGAGAUGGCAUCUGGGUGGUGCUGCACCUCUACAAGCAGGGCAUCCCUCUGUGCACCCUCAUCAACCAGCACCUGAGCGCAUUAGCCAGGAAGUUCCCUCAGACCAAGUUCCUCAAGUCCAUCUCCACCACCUGCAUCCCCAACUACCCUGACCGCAACCUGCCCACCAUCUUUGUUUACUUCGAGGGCGAGAUGAAGGCCCAGUUCAUCGGUCCUCUGGUCUUUGGGGGCAUGAACCUGAAAGUUGAAGAGCUGGAGUGGAGGUUAUCAGAAACUGGAGCCGUGAAGACAGACCUGGAGGAAAACCCCAAGAAACAAAUCGAAGACAAGUUAAUGUCAUCGAUAAGAAGUUCACUUCCUACACGAAAAGACAGUGACUCAGAGGAUGAGGAUUAAAAAAAAGUAAACACCUGUAACCUCAAACCACAAAAGCCAUGUGACAUCUACAUGGAAAACACUCCGAAGACCUUAAAACCGAGCAGAGGGGGCGGCUUCUCCUUUGUCAGCAUGUGCGUUGUGUGUUGUAACCAUGUAGGUGGCGCUCUUAUACU